UCCCUGAGCUUGUGUAUAUGAGCUUCCUGUAAACAGAAGAACGAGAAAUGUGUUGAAAGACUAAUGGCUCGGUGUUGAUAAAGGCCGCUCGGAGCAAAACACACUCGCGUCAAGAUGAAUUACGUGCCAGGGACGGCGAGCUUAAUCGAUGAUAUCGACAAGAAACACUUGGUCCUGCUACGUGACGGAAGAACGCUGAUUGGUUACCUGAGAAGCAUUGAUCAGUUUGCCAAUCUAGUUUUCCAUCAGACUGUUGAACGCAUCCACGUGGGAAAGAAAUAUGGGGACAUUCCCCGCGGGAUCUUCAUCGUGAGGGGCGAGAACGUUGUUUUGCUCGGUGAAAUAGAUGUGGAUAAGCCCUCUGAUUCAGUCUUGCAACAGGUCUCUAUAGAGGAGAUUCUAGAGGAACAACGAUUGCAGCAGCAAGCCAAACAGGAGACUGAAAAAGUCAAAAUGCAGGUUCUGAAGGAAAGAGGCCUUUCCAUCCCCAAAGCGGAUAACCUGGAUGAAUACUAACACUGCCCCCGUUCAACCCCCGUAACCUUUUUUCGUUUUCAGUUUGGAAUUAUGGUGUUAUGUUUAAUUCUAGAUUUUAUUUUUUUAAAGAUGGGAUGAGAAUACACGUUUUAUAGCUACAUGGCAUCGUCUUGACGGAAUUAUGGGAUGCCGUAACAAUUUCAUUUUGUUCAUGUGGCGGGGAAUGAGUUUACAUCUUGCAAGAUAUUGAGGUAGUCCUAAAAUGUUAACAAAUUAAGUGUAACAAAAAAAGUUUCCUCACCUCUGCACUUACUUUUUUGUCACUAUUGUGGUGAUACUUUUAUUUGAAAAGUAUGUAAUCUGUGAGUGUAAUGUUAUGAUGUUAUGUUCAAAGACUUUAAUGAUUAUGUUCCAUUAAAGUGGUUUGUUUUUGCAUUA